GUCGAGGAACUGCUUCGUCGUAUGGCAACACUCCGACGUCCAACAAUCGAUGGCGGCGAGAUGUCUGCAAAUAACGCGCUACACUUUCUCGCCUUAGCUGACGGGUCGUCCGAUGUGCAUUCUGGUGGGGAGUCACCAGUAGGAAACAGUGAUGAAGAAGCAGUGUUCAGCUAUCAGAAAGAGUUUGGUUAUGUGGAUUUUGCAGCAAGAAAGGAUCGUGCUAAAACCUUUAAGAUUCAUGAGUUUACCUGGGAUCAUGGGUUUAACCUCUUGAAUGAUCUGAUCCCAGAGACCGCACAAAAUCUGGAUGAUAAAUUCGAUCUAACGCAGAGACUCACAUAUUCAUUUAUGGGUGGAUACGAGAACGUCGAUACUACUGUAUAUCGUUGUGCCGUAUGGAAUUAUAUUCACGCUCUUUUUGGCAUACGACAUGAUGAUUAUGAUUAUGCUAAGGUAGGUCAACUAUUUUUGGGUCCACUUUCAUUUUGUACGGUCCCAUUUUUACGGGCUCAGCGUUCUUUUAACGCGAUUUAUCUGAAGUCACUUCUCAAUCGAUUGGUCUUUUUGAAAUGGAACAAGGGUCACGAUGGUUGCAAUCGGGUGAUGCGUAUUGCGUGA